UGGGCCCACAUGCCUCUUCUGUGGCCUGCCAUUGGCCCGGGGCGACCUCCACGUCUCUUCCGCGCACGAGGAGCCUCGCACCCGGGGCGCCACGAACCUAACAGACGCCCAGCCCGCAGCCUGGCCGCCCGUCUGGGCCGCACCCAACAGUCGCGCCGGGGGCAGGUCGCCGCAGCGCGAGGGCCUGGGAUGCGGAGGCGCUGAGAGUCGUGGUCCCUAGGGUUCGGAAGAUCUGGAAAAUGUCUUCGGGGCAUGCGCCACAGCGGCCGUUAAGUGACCCAAAACCGAAGCGGUGGACUCGGCAGCCCGGAAGGAUGGGGCCCGAGCAUGGCCGGGCUUCGCACGCCCAGCGAGGACCCUGAGGGCGCAGAGCGCAGGCGCGAGGCGCUGGGGCAGCCAGCGUCCAGGCGUCUCGUGUGAAAAGGGAUUAUUUGGCAUUUACAGCUGAGUUGCCGCUGAUUGUGAUACAGAGCUUGGAGGAUAAAUCUGCAUUUUUAUUGUUACUAUUUUUGUCACAACGGAAGUUGGAAACAAAAUGGAAGUGGCAGGAAAGAACAUACCGUGCAAUAGUGUGGUUGGUGGUAAUUUUGAAGAAGUUUGUCCAGAGAAGGUAAUUAGGUUUAAACCACCACUAUACAAACAACGGUACCAGUUUGUUAGAGAUUUAGUGGAUCGUCAUGAACCCAAGAAGGUUGCAGACCUGGGAUGUGGCGAUACCAAGCUCCUAAAGCUGCUAAAAAUCUACCCAUGCAUUCAACUGCUUGUUGGGGUAGAUAUCAAUGAAGAAAAAUUACAUUCAAAUGGGCAUCACUUGUCUCCCUAUUUGGGGGAAUUUGUAAAACCCCGAGAUCUAGAUUUGACUGUCACCUUGUAUCAUGGCUCUGUUGUGGAGAGAGACUCUCGCUUGCUUGGAUUCGACUUGAUAACAUGCAUUGAAUUAAUAGAACAUUUGAAUUCAGAUGAUCUGGCCAGAUUUCCUGAAGUGGUGUUUGGAUACCUGUCACCAUCCAUGAUCGUCAUCAGCACACCAAAUGCUGAAUUCAACCCCCUGUUUCCCACAGUGACCCUGAGGGAUGCAGAUCAUAAGUUUGAGUGGAGCAGGAUGGAGUUUCAGACCUGGGCUUCACGAGUUGCAAACUGUUACAAUUACUGUGUGGAGUUUACUGGGGUAGGGACACCACCAGCUGGAUCCGAGCAUGUUGGAUAUUGUACCCAGAUAGGUGUCUUUAGGAAAAACAGUGGGAAGCUAGCUGAACCCUUUGUUUCACAGCAGCAUGACCAGCAUGUGUACAAAGCUGUUUAUACGACCUCUUACCCGAGUUUGCAGCAGGAAAAGGUGCUCAAGUUUGUACUGGUUGGGGAACUCCUGAUACAAGUGGAACGCCUGAGGUUGAAACACCAACGGAUGCUGAGGGACCAAGAGAAGGAAUUGGACCCUAAGCCCUCGGACACAGACUUCUCCCAGGCCUCCCACCUACUGUUGGGAGAGGCCUUCACAGAGGCCGAAAAGGCCAGGAUAGAAAAUUCCCCCCAACCCUUCUGUGAAGGAGAGAAGUUUUGCAUACCCCUGCGGAGACUGCUUGCUUAUCCCAAGCUGCACCGCUUAUGUGUUGCCGAGGAGAGGAUGCGGUCCCUCAUCGCUGACUCAGUGUGCUUAAGCAAUGAUGGUUCUGCGGUAGUGGUUGACCUGCACAAUUCUUGGGAUUAUUGGCCUGAAGAUAACUGAGUCAUCUGACUUUCCCAAAGCUCAGAGUCUCGCUGAUAGUUAAAUUGGCUUAGAAUACAAACUUCUUUGGUUUUGUGGUACUGGGAAUUGAA